UUUUUUUAUUUUUCAAACACUCUCUCAAUGCUUCUUAGCAAUCCUGUUUUGUAACAUGUUAACUUCCAUCAAACAUCUAACACUUGUUUCCCGCCAUACCAAAACACACACCCUUUUCACCUCUUCCACAUCCAACAAUUUUGCUUCAUCAACUCACCAAACCCUCAAUCACCUCCUUGAAAAAUGCCAAUCAAUGAUAAAACUUAAACAAAUUCAUGCUCAAAUCAUCGUUCAUGGACUCCAUGAAGACACAUUUACCGUUAGCAAAUUAAUAUCCUUCUGUGCUCUGUCCGAAACAGGCGAUUUACAGUAUGCACACCAGGUGUUUGAUCAUAUGCCUCAACGAAAUAAACACAUGUAUAAUAGUUUGAUCAGGGGGUAUGUCAACAGUGACAAUUCAAUAAAGGCUCUACACCUUUUUCGUCAAAUGAUUUGUGUUGGGACUUCGCCGAAUGAGUAUACUUACCCGUUUGUUCUUAAGGUGUGCGCGGUGUUGGCUAGACGUUUAGAUGGGGUUUUGAUGCAUGCUCGGGUUGUUAAGUCGGGAUUUGAGUCGCAUGUUUAUGUGCAAAAUGGGUUGAUUAGUGUGUACUGCAGUUGUGGGGAUCUUAAGGAUUCGAGAAAGGUGUUUGAUGAUAUGGUUGAUAAGAGCGUGGUUUCGUGGAACACGGUGAUUGGUGGGUACUCUAAGUUGGGCGAUUGUAAGGAAGCGUUUUUGUUGUUUCGAGAAAUGAGGGAACUUGGUGUCGAGCCUGACGACUUUACGUUUGUUAGCCUAUUUUCUGUUUGUUCACAGAACUGCGAAGAAGUAUUAGGAGGAUUAUUACAUUCGUAUAUUGUAACAACUGGAGCUCAUUCGUAUAUUGAUGUUUAUGUGCAAAAUGCUAUAGUGGACAUGUAUGCGAAAUGUGGGCGUUUGCAAUCGGCUCAAGCGUUCUUUGACCGAAUGAGCCAUAAAAACGUGGUUUCAUGGACGUCUAUGGUCAGUGCAUAUUCCAAACACGGUCUCGUUGAGCCUGCAAAGAACUUAUUUCACCAAAUGCCUGUAAAAAACGUCGUUUCUUGGAAUUCAAUGAUUUCAUGCUAUCUACAAAAAGGUUGGUAUAGUGAAGCAUUAGGGCUCUACAAUGACAUCUUUAAAGCAGGAGUAACUCCCGAUGAGACAACUCUGGCUAGCGUUCUUUCAGCAUGCUGUCAACUUGGUGAUUUAGAAACAGGAAGAAAGAUCCAUGAUUAUAUUUCUUCGAACUAUGCAACACCAAGUGUCACAUUAUACAACACAUUGAUAGACUUAUAUGCUAAAUGCGGGUUGUUAGAAACUUCUUGGGCUUUGUUUUCUAACAUGCCCGAAAAGAAUCAUGUUUCUUGGAAUGUAAUGAUCGGGGCACUUGCUUUACACGGGCGCGGUUUUGAAGCCGUUGAACUCUUCGAGAGCAUGCAGGCACAUGGGAUACACCCUGAUGAAAUCACGUUCAUGGGCUUGCUUUCCGCUUGUUGUCAUAGUGGUCUUACAGAAACCGGUAAAUACUACUUUGGCAAAAUGCGAGACAUGUACAAAGUACGACGUAAAAUAGAACACUAUGCUUGUAUGAUUGAUCUUUUUGGCCGAUUAGGGCUAUUUGGAGACGCUAUUAAACUAAUAAACGAAAUGCCAAUGAAACCGGAUGUUGUAGUUUGGGGUGCGUUGCUUGGGGCUUGUAGAAUCCAUGGGAAUAUCGAAAUCGGGAAACAGAUAUUGAAACAAGUGCUGGAGUUAGAACCGUAUACUUCAGGAAUCUAUGUGCUUGUUUCAAACAUGUUUUGUGAAGCGAAAAGAUGGCAAGAUGUGAAGAACAUAAGGAGAUUAAUGAAGGAUCAAGGAAUUAAGAAGAGUAAAGGUGUUAGCUCGGUUGAAGUUGAUGGUAAUACGUACGAGUUUACAGUUGAUGACAAGAGAAAUGAGUUGUCGAGUAGCGUGUAUGAGUUGUUGGAUCGGUUAACCCUUCAUCUAAAGUCGUUAGAGAUGGAAUGUGAUAUUUGGCAACCUUCGACUCACUAGUACAGUUUUAUUUGCUGAGGUAUAGCUCCAUGUUGUUGAUCAACUGUUUUUAAUUUUUUUAUAUUUACAGAGAUUUAACGGCUUUUACAAAAAAAUAGAAUCUUUUAAUGGUCCAAAAGAUUAACAAGUGAAUACACUAAAGAGAGCUAGAUGUAACGGCCCGUGUGAGUUACAAGUCGCAAUGUCGAUUCCAGAAUUAUGUAGAGCAUUUGAGGAGCUUCAAGACCUUUAAGAAAAAUUCUGGAAAAGGGCCACACAUUUAUCUCUAGAUUAGUCUAGAGAUUGCUUGGUAGAUAUGUGAAAACUGAAAAGAAUGACUUGAGUCUUAGAGACAUCAUGAAAAUAAGCUAGAUACUUUGUAGAAUAGUGUAGAUUAAAAUAUAUGAUGGCUAGCAUCUAUAAAUAUGAGGCUGAUCAUUUAAGCUCCACACUUCCAAAGUUCUUUAGUUUACCUUGUAAGAUCUCAAUAAAUUCUCUUUGUACUUAAUAUAGUGUUUCCUUUGGUUAGGAGUCUACACCCUAUGGCAUAGAACAAUGCAAGUAAUAAGAUGUGUUCAAAUAACACUAAAUACUAACAUUCAUAAACCAUAAAUUAACCAUAAACACUUACAACUCAACAAAAAAGGUACUUGAUUAGGUUUAUUUACUCUGGGUUUGCGCCAUCAGUUUUUUUUAAUAUAUAUUAAAUCUCCUAAACUUGAUCAACUUUUUCAAAGAAUUGAUAUGCUUAGGAACGAUACACAGUGGGUUUCCUUGAGAUGAACUCUGUGAACACUUUUUUUAUAUUAUUACGAGACAAAAUGAUGAAGAAUUAACUAUUUUCUUUGACUUUUGAUGAAAGAUACGUCGAAUAAAAGACUAAAUUUUGCAUUGGAUUUUUGUUAUUAUAGAACGUAAAUAUCAGUCUCUUUAUUUUGAGUGUGAUAGAACAGUUGCAACAACAAAAUAAAGUAAUGCAUGUCAUGUCCCGCUAACACUAGAAGGAAAUACAUGCUAAUAAACUACGUAUGGGAUUACUAGGUAACUAAAUAUGUAAACUUUUUUAACAUGCCCCGCAAGUAAGAAUGUGUGUAGCAAAUUAGCAAUGUGAAAGGAGAUGAAGCAAGUCUAGACAAAAUGUUUGUAAAGGUUAAGAAGAAAGGAGAUGAAGCAAGGACAAAAUGUAUGUAGAGAAAUGGAAUGAUUUUUUGUGGUUUGGAUGUUUAUCACUAUAUUCUAUAGUUUUUAUUCCGGUUCGAGAUGGUAAAAAAUAAUAUCAAAUCUGUUGGAAACUACAUGAUAAGAACUAGUUUGGGUCGGGCAACAAAUGUUUAUUGGCAAAGCGAACCUUCAUUAUUCAUUAUGAUUUAUAACGCUGAAGAUACAUGGAUGUUAUAGAUUUUCUUCGGUUAAAUCAAUA